CUAUAACCAAGAUCGUAAUUGAUCGCAAGCUAUAUCAAAUUAACUUUUUCUACGGGGCUUUAGCCAACAAUGUCUCCUAACCGGUCUACAGUUCAGCGGCUUGACCAGCCAAGCUCAUACGCUUCGAGCAAAAACCGACGUAGGCGCCGCGAUGAGGAGGAGCCAGAGCCGGACCUCAUGGAGAAGCUAAAGGAUGCGACUACACUCUACGUCGGAAACCUGUCAUUCUACACCACCGAGGAGCAAAUCCACGAGCUUUUCUCCAAGUGCGGCGAGAUCAAGCGCCUGGUCAUGGGCCUCGACAGGUUCCAGAAGACCCCGUGUGGAUUCUGCUUCGUCGAAUAUUACACACAUCAGGAUGCACUCGACUGCAUGAAGUACAUCGGAGGCACGAAGCUCGACGAGCGGAUAAUCCGAACCGAUCUAGACGAGGGUUUCGCCGAGGGCAGACAAUACGGACGUGGAAAAUCCGGCGGCCAAGUGCGCGAUGAGUACCGCCAGGAAUACGAUCCUGGACGUGGCGGAUACGGUAGGGCUCUUGCCGACGACUAUGGCGAGGAUGUUGAUUGAAGCAUUCAUGCGAGCGAACGCAUGCCACCAAAUGCGUGAAAACAUCACGAAAGCAUCACGAAAACCGGCGUUGGAGUGGAGUUCAAAUUCUUUCAAUAAUGGAUGGGGAUACAACAGAACCUGGAGCUCAAAUAGUCUACCUGUCUAAACAACUGCAAAAACUGUUCGCCGCAUGCGCGAGAUGCAUUCAAAACACCAGACUCCUAACAUGCAUUGUGCCCUAUGCCGUGCGAUCUGCAAUCUCAAACUGUUGUCUUCGAUCAACUG